CAAAACAAAACUAGGUAGUAACCGGUUGUCAAGAUUAGAAAUCUGGGAUUGCAUUAGUAGUAUUUCUAUCAAAUCUGAGAACCCCCAAAAUCAAAUUUCCCCUCUUUCUUUCAUAAAUACAAAUAAUAAUAAUUAUUAUGUCGCGCCGGAGAAACGAAUACGAUGACGACGUAGAAGAAGAAGAUUACGCAGUUGAUGACGAUGAGGAGGAUUAUGGUAACAACAGCCGUAAGAGAAGGAGAUCCUCUUCAAAUUUUUUUGAUGAUGUUGCUGAUGAAGAAGAAGAAGAAGCAUACGAUGAUGAGGAGGAGGAUGAAGAUGAUGAGGAUUACGGCGGCGGACGUAGUCGUCGAGGUGGCGGUGGCAAAGCAUCAAAGAAGGCGCCUUCUGGUGCUGGUUUCUUCGAACUUGAAGCUGAUGUUGAUUCUGAUGAGGAAGACGAAGACGAUAGCGGCGCCGAAGAUGAUUUUAUAGUUAAUGAGAGAGUUGAUCCACAUGAUGAAGAAGGUGCAAGGAGGAUGCAUCAUCGUCCUCUGCUCUCACGUGAAGAUGACCAGGAAGAUGUUGAAGCACUUGAGAGAAUAAUUCAGGAGAGGUUUGGUAGGACUCGUACAGAAUAUGAUGACGAUGAUGCGACAGAGGUGGAUCAGCAAGCUCUUUUGCCAUCUGUUCGUGAUCCAAAGUUGUGGAUGGUGAAAUGUGCGAUCGGUCAUGAGAGAGAGGUGGCUGUUUGCUUAAUGCAGAAAUGUAUUGAUAGAGGUUCUGAGCUGCAGAUCAGAUCUGCUAUUGCGCUUGACCAUUUGAAGAAUUAUAUCUACAUUGAAGCAGAUAAAGAAGCCCAUGUGAAAGAGGCUUGCAAGGGUAUGCGUAAUAUAUACACUGGAAGCAAGAUCUUACUGGUUCCUAUAAAGGAAAUGACAGAUGUUCUAUCAGUUGAGAGCAAAGCGAUCGAUCUUUCCAGGGAUACUUGGGUCAGAAUGAAGAUCGGGACUUACAAAGGGGACCUUGCAAAGGUUGUGGAUGUUGAUAACGUGAGACAGAGAGUUACAGUGAAGUUAAUACCAAGGAUCGACUUACAAGCCUUGGCAAACAAAUUGGAAGGUAGGGAUGUUGUGAAGAAGAAGACAUUUACCCCUCCACCGCGCUUUAUGAAUGUUGAUGAAGCUAGAGAAAUGCAUAUUCGCGUUGAGCGUAGGCGGGAUCCAAUGACCGGUGAUUAUUUUGAAAAUAUAAAUGGCAUGAUGUUUAAAGACGGAUUCUUAUAUAAGACUGUCUCCAUGAAAUCAAUAAGCACUCAGAAUAUACAACCAAGUUUUGAUGAACUCGAAAAGUUCCGGCAACCUAGCGAGAACGGGGAUGGUGAUAUUGCUAGUUUAUCUACGCUCUUUGCAAACAGAAAGAAAGGACAUUUUAUGAAGGGUGAUAGGGUUAUCGUUAUCAAGGGGGACCUUAAAAAUUUGAAAGGAUGGGUGGAGAAAGUCGAAGAAGGGACUGUUCAUAUUAAGCCGAGUGAGGAGGGACUUCCUAGAACUCUUGCUGUAAGUGAAAGAGAGCUCUGCAAGUACUUUGAGCAAGGGAAUCAUGUAAAAGUUGUUUCUGGUGCCCAAGAAGGUGUGACUGGAAUGGUGGUAACAGUUGAAGGUCAUGUGGUUAACAUAGUGUCAGAUACCACCAAGGAAGUUGUACGCGUGUUCUCUGAUAAUGUUGUGGAGAGUUCUGAAGUAACAUCUGGCAUUACCAAAAUUGGGGAUUUUGAGCUCCAUGAUCUUGUCCAACUGGAUAAUGUGAACUUUGGUGUAAUCAUACGCGUAGACAGUGAAGCUUUUCAGGUUCUGAAGGGUGUUGCAGAUAGAGCAGAGGUACAACUUGUUAGGUUGAGAGACAUUAAAUACAAGAUUGAUAGGAAAAUAUCUGCUCAUGAUUACUAUAAGAACACAGUAUCAGUGAAAGAUGUAGUUAAGGUUCUGGAAGGUCCAUGCAAGGGACGACAAGGUCCUGUUGAACACAUAUAUAAAGGGAUGCUAUUUAUAUACGAUCGUCACCAUCUGGAGCAUGCUGGAUUUAUUUGUGCCAAGUCCCAAUCAUGCGUAUUAGUUGGUGGUUCUCGAGCUAACGGUGAUAGAAAUGGUAAUCCUUUGGCUUCAAGAGCUGCUCAGCUUAGGACUCCAACUCAUCUUCAUAAUUCUCCGGGUAGAUCUCCUGGAAGAGGAGGUCCACCACUACCUGGUGGGAGGCACAGAGGUGGUGGAAGGGGGAAAGAUUCUUUAGUUGGAACAUCGAUAAAAAUUCGGUUGGGUCCCUUCAAAGGAUACAAGGGGCGUGUUGUCGAUGUCAGUGGAACAUCUAUUCGGGUUGAGUUAGAGUCACAAAUGAGAGUUAUUAGAGUUGAUCGCAAUCAAAUCUCUGAUGCUGUCAAUGUUACGACCCCGUAUCGUGACACGCAUAGGUAUGGCUCUGGAAGCGAGACACCUAUGCAUCCUUCACGAACCCCACUUCAUCCAUACAUGACCCCUAUGAGAGAUCCCGGAGCAACACCUAUUCACGAUGGCAUGAGGACACCUAUGCGUGACAGGGCAUGGAAUCCAUACACACCAAUGAGUCCUCCAAGGGAUUCCUGGGAAGAUGGAAACCCUGGUUCUUGGGGAACUAGUCCACAGUACCAGCCUGGAAGUCCCCGUCCAAGAGCAUAUGAAGCACCAACUCCUGGUUCAGGAUGGGCUAACACUCCUGGUGGGAGUUACAAUGAAGCUGGCACACCAAGAGAUACUACCCCUGCCUAUGCCAAUGCUCCAAGCCCUUACUUACCAUCAACGCCUGGUGGACAGCCACCUAUGACACCAAGUUCAACGUUCUUACCUGGUACUCCUGGUGGCCAACCAAUGACUCCUGGCGGUGGUGGUUUGGAUAUGAUGUCACCUGUAGUAGGUGGAGAUAAUGAUGGACCUUGGUUCCUGCCAGAUAUAUUGGUAAAUUUACGCAGAUCAGGCGAAGAUGCUACCGUUGGUGUCAUCCGAGAAGUGCUUCUGGACGGUGCUUGUCGAGUAGCUCUUGGUUCGAGUGGAAAUGGUGAUGUCAUCACUGCCAACCCAAGCGAGAUAGAGGUGGUGGUGCCGAGGAAGUCGGACAAGAUUAAGAUAAUGGGUGGAGCUCAGCGUGGGGCCACUGGGAAGCUGAUUGGUGUUGAUGGCACAGAUGGAAUUGUUAAGGUGGAUGACACUCUUGAUGUGAAGAUAUUAGAUAUGGUCAUUUUAGCCAAGCUAGCACAUUUAUCAUAAAGUUUUGAGACUCUUGUAAACUAAAGUAUGUACAUUAUUAUGGAUUUGUUUGUUUGAGCUUAAGAAACCUGGUCAAGUAAGUUUGAUAAUCUUGAGUGGUCUUUUCAACGGUGUGAGCACUGUGUUCUUCGGUGUCAUCACAUGGGGGUGCCGUAACAUGGAAUGGACGAAUAUUGAAAAUAAGAAGGGAUGGAUGAAUAAUGAAAAUAUUAAGGGACGGAUGAAUAUUGGAAAUAUGAGUUACUAUCAAAAAUCAGCCCUAUGUUGGUCCAGACAUUUGAUACUCAUGUUCUUUUUGUAUUGGCGUUUUAAAACUCCAAUUCUAUAUCUAAAUCAGUCCGUUCAAUUA